GUUGGUGUCUUGUCUCCCAAGCAGAGUAGACUCUCAUUUUCACAUAAAAAGAUACCAAAUUUUCGUUCUGGGCUUAUUGGUUAUCUGAUUGCCCACAUCGUCACUUCCCAAAAGCUUUCGUCUUUCCUCCAAAUCUGAUACCAAAGUUGCAAUCUUUCUGCGUUUGGGUAUAUUGUUAGUCCCGAGACACAAUGAUAUUCUCCAAGCUCGCUCGAUCCGCUCGCUCUAAGGGAUUGGUGGUACACGGCGGUGGUGUGAGAUCGGCGAUUAUAAGCGAAUGGAGGGUUCGAGCGCCGUCGGGUGCGGCAAAUGAGGUGGAAGGUGGAUUAGGGUUUCUGAGGCGGCGGUUUGCUUCUUUAGCUGCUCAUAAAGGAGUAGUGGAUGCCAAUGAUUUGAGCCGCGUUUUCGCUAACCCUAGAUUGCGUCGCUUCUUCUCUACCCAAGCCCCUAAGAAGAAUAAGAAGACGAAGAAUUACGAGAACUAUUAUCCCAAAGACGCUAAGAAAGCUCCCAAGAAUGAGCACAAAUCCGAAUCCAGAGAGGGUUCAAAGAAGAGUGAGAAUGAGAAUGCUGGGGACUUUAACACAAAGGAGUUCCAAAAUUUGUUAGUUCCUCUGAUGGCCAUUGCUCUAAUCCUUUCCUCCUUUUCCCUUGGUUCCCGAGAACAGCAACAGAUUAGUUUCCAGGAGUUCAAAAACAAGCUCCUCGAGGCUGGUCUAGUUGACCACAUAGACAUUUCUAACAAAUCAGUCGCUAAAGUCUACGUGAGGAGUUCACCGAAGAGCCAAACCGAAGAAGUCGUUCAAGGUCCUGGCGCCAAAGGUCGUGGUGGUCAGUAUAAGUACUACUUUAACAUUGGUAGCGUUGAAUCGUUCGAGGAGAAACUCGAAGAGGCUCAAGAAGCGUUAGGCGUUGAUUCCCAUGACUUUGUCCCCGUCACCUACGUCUCUGAAAUGAUCUGGUACCAGGAACUGCUGAGGUUUGCGCCGACUUUACUUCUCUUGGGUACGCUGGUUUACGGGGCGAGACGGAUGCAAGGUGGAUUGGGAAGUGUAGGAGGACCUGGUGGGAAAGGUGGCCGUGGGAUUUUCAAUAUAGGGAAAGCUCAGAUAACGAGAGCUGAUAAAAACUCCAAGAAUAAGAUAUACUUUAAAGAUGUAGCUGGAUGUGAGGAGGCUAAGCAAGAGAUAAUGGAGUUUGUGCAUUUCCUUCAGAACCCAAAGAAGUAUGAAGAUUUAGGAGCUAAGAUCCCAAAAGGUGCGCUUUUAGUAGGCCCACCAGGGACUGGGAAGACCCUUCUAGCAAAAGCUACGGCUGGAGAAUCAGCUGUGCCGUUUCUGUCCAUAUCUGGUUCAGACUUCAUGGAGAUGUUCGUUGGUGUUGGACCUUCCAGAGUGAGAAACUUGUUCCAAGAGGCUAGACAGUGUGCACCUAGCAUUAUAUUUAUAGACGAGAUCGAUGCCAUUGGCCGUGCGAGAGGACGUGGAGGUUUCUCCGGUGGAAACGAUGAGCGUGAAAGCACUCUCAAUCAGCUCCUGGUUGAGAUGGAUGGGUUUGGUACUACUGCUGGUGUCGUCGUGCUAGCUGGGACCAACAGGCCGGAUAUUCUCGAUAAAGCCUUGUUAAGGCCCGGCCGGUUUGAUCGUCAGAUAACGAUAGACAAGCCUGAUAUUAAAGGGCGUGACCAGAUAUUCCAGAUAUACUUGAAGAAGAUUAAGCUAGAUCAUGAGCCUUCUUAUUUCUCGCAGAGGCUUGCAGCACUCACUCCUGGCUUUGCUGGAGCUGACAUUGCGAAUGUGUGUAACGAGGCGGCUCUUAUUGCUGCUAGGCAUGAAGGAGCGACGGUGACAAUGGCUCACUUUGACUCUGCUAUCGAUCGUGUUAUUGGAGGUCUGGAGAAGAAAAACAGAGUAAUAAGCAAACUGGAGCGACGUACAGUUGCGUAUCAUGAAUCUGGCCAUGCGGUUGCUGGGUGGUUUCUGGAACAUGCAGAGCCAUUGCUAAAGGUGACUAUCGUACCUCGUGGCACAGCAGCGCUUGGGUUUGCGCAGUAUGUUCCAAAUGAGAACUUGCUGAUGACCAAAGAACAACUCUUCGACAUGACUUGCAUGACUCUCGGCGGCCGUGCUGCUGAACAGGUAUUGAUUGGAAGAAUCUCGACUGGUGCUCAGAACGAUCUGGAGAAGGUGACCAAGAUGACGUACGCGCAAGUAGCCGUUUACGGAUUCAGCGACAAGAUAGGAUUACUUUCAUUCCCGCAGCGAGAAGACGAGUUCUCCAAACCAUACAGCAACAGAACCGGUGCUAUGAUAGACGAAGAGGUCCGAGAAUGGGUGGCCAAAGCUUACAAGCGAACGGUCGAGCUCGUAGAAGAACACAAAGAGCAAGUGGCGCAGAUCGCUGAGCUACUGCUAGAGAAGGAGGUUCUGCAUCAGGACGAUCUUACUAGAGUUUUGGGUGAGCGUCCGUUUAAGUCUGGUGAGACAACGAACUACGACAGGUUUAAAUCUGGAUUCGAAGAGACGGAUAAGGAGUCUGUGACGGUGAAGCCUGUUGAGGAUGAUGGAGCUCCUCCACCGCUUGAGCCACAGGUGGUUCCAACAUAAAGACACCAAAAUGGUUACUAAAAAUGUAAAUUUCAUCGAAGGUAAUAAAGUGAACACGAUAAUGUAUCUUCUUCAUGUUUUGAACUAAACAUAAGGAAGGAAGAAGCAAUAAUGCUUUGAUUUGGUUAAAAGGCUCCAAUAUUUUUUUCUUUGGACUGAGGCUUUCUAUUAAGCUCCAAUGUUAUAAAAAUCUAUUAUGUAAUGAUUUUUUUUUAAAAUCCAAUUUAAUCACUUCA